UUCAUCAUCACCACGCCUAUUCAUAGUCCAAUCACUUCCCCUCUCUUUAAAAAAGCUCCCCGUUCGAUCGAGCUUUCCAUCAUCAAGGGCCCGAUCGAAUCUUCUUCAACAACCCCCCCUCUUCGAAUUUGCGCCACGAGAGAAGGGGUUGAAAGAAGCCCACCAAAUCCGACCCUUUUCGCUACCAGAAUCCAGAAUCCCCGACCGACCCUGUUCCAAUCGCACUGUGUCUUGAUUCUGUUUUCCUUCUCUGUUCUUUUUUUCCUCUCUGAAAUCCUUGUGCACCGACCCAUUUCGUAAUUCGUAUGGCGUCACGCAUAGUCCGGCGCCUCCCUUCGAGCCUCCUCCGCUUCCGCUGCCGGUCUCUGAACUCGACCCCUUCUUCCUCCGCCGACGCCGCCGCCGCCGCCCUCUCUCCCCUGAACUUCGUCGGGAAGCGCGUGCCCGCCAUCGAGAAAUUGGCCCCCGCCGCGGCGAUCGACCUGGACAACACCGAGCGGCUCUUCGCCGGGGUGCCGACCACGAAGCUGCUGCGGUCGUCGGCCACCCUGCACGCGGCCGCGGUGGAGCCCGUGGUCGACGCGGGCACGUGGGUCAUGCGGUCGAGGCUCAUGGACGUGGGCCCCGUGCGCGGCGCCGUGCUGGGGGCGGUAAGGCGCACGUUCUUCGAGCACUUCUGCGCCGGGGAGGACGCGGAGGAGACGGUCAGGACGGUGGGGAAGCUGAACCGCACCGGCCUGAGGGGGAUGCUGGAUUACGCGCUGGAGGACGCGGAGGACAACGAGGCGUGCGAUCGGAACACCGCGGAGUUCCUCCACACCGUCGAGUCCGCCAGAUCGCUUCCGCCUUCUUCUGUGAGUUUCGUUGUCGCGAAGAUCACGGCGAUCUGCCCCAUCGAUCUGCUCAACCGUGUGAGCGACCUGCUCCGCUGGCAAUGCAAGGACCCGUCGUUCCACCUCCCUUGGAAGUUCGAUUCCUUCCCGAUGUUCUCUCUCUCGAGCCCGCUCUACCACACGCCUUGCCGGCCCGAGCACUUGACCCCUCAGGAGGAGCGCGAUCUCCUACUAGCCCACCAGAGACUGCAGACGCUCUGCCAGAAAUGCCAAGAGGCCAACAUCCCUCUGUGCAUCGAUGCAGAGUACACCGCCGUCCAGCCUGCCAUCGACUACUUCACGUACUCCGCGAUAGUCGCGCACAACAAGCAUGAGCCAGUCGUGUACAGCACGAUGCAGGCCUAUCUGAAGGACGCGAGGGAGAGAUUAUUGUUGGCGACUGAGGAGGCUGAGAAAAUGGGAGUGGUGAUGGGCAUCAAGUUGGUGAGAGGGGCUUACAUGUCUAGCGAAACGAAGCUGGCACAUUCCCUGGGUCAGGAGUCGCCAAUUCACAAUACCAUCCAAGAUACUCACGAUUGCUACAACGAAUGCGCAUUGUUCAUGCUCGAGAAGAUAGGCAGCAGGUCUGGCGCGGUCGUUCUCGCCACCCACAAUGUCGAAUCAGGGAAACUGGCCGCGGCGAAAGCGAGAGAUUUGGGGAUAGGGAACGGGAACCAGAGGCUCGAGUUCGCGCAGUUAUAUGGGAUGGCGGACUCGUUUUCAUUUGGCCUGAGGAACGCCGGGUUCCAAGUGAGCAAGUACAUGCCGUUCGGCUCCGUGGAUAUGGUGAUCCCCUAUCUCCUAAGGCGGGCUGAAGAGAACCGAGGGAUGUUAUCGGCCUCGACCAUUGACCGGCAACUCAUGAGGAAGGAGUUGUGGAGGAGACUAAAAGCUGCAAUUCUUUAAGGAGAAGAAACUGACUUCGAGAAGCAAAUCAAGAUUUCGAGAAUUCUUAUGA